GAAGAAUGCCAGAAGCACAUGAACCCAAGGGCAGCUUCCAUUGCCCUCUUCAGCCACUGGCCCAGCCGUUGCUGCUGGACUGUGACUCCCAUCAGCCUGAGUUCUCUCAAGAUGGAGCUGGGGUUUCUGCCCUUGGCUUCGAGUGGAAAGGAUCUUCCUCUGUGAGGAGAAGGCUCUGGCUGCCGAGAGCCUCUCCAAGCCCUUGGACAGUUGGACAGCCCUGGAGAGUGUGGGGGAGGCAGCCUUUGUUUUGUCCCUCAGUCCAGCUAUUAUGAAAGAAAAGGGCCUUUGUUGUCUGCCAUGGCCUCCCUCCAUCCGUUAAACACAUGCUUCCCUGGGAGGCUGCUGCUGCUGCUGCCAUUGCCUUCCUGACAGAGGCCUCCUGGGCAGCUCAGUCCCCUCCAACAGCAAAUCCAGAGUCCUAGAGUUGGAAGAGACCUCCCUCGAGGGCCAUCCAGUCCAGCCCCCUGCCAUGCAGGUAUACACAGUCAAAGACCCCCAAUAGAUUGGGGGGUCAUCCCUUUUUUUUUUUGACUGACCCCCCAUUUCAGCCCCCCCUGAAGCUGUAGCCGAGUCAGUUAACAGGAAGAGAAGUAAGAGCAAGAAUCCUCUUUGGAGGCCUGGGAGCGCCAUUUCAGCCGUGCGUCACGUUUGAACCUCCACAUCUUUCUGGCUGGAAAAUCUUCCUGUAUUCCUCCCCCCCCCUUUUUUUCAUAGCCUUGUUCCCAGAUUGUGUGUGCCACACAUGUGCCAGGGGUUGUGCGGAUGCACAUGCAUGCGCAGCUCUCGCCCUUCCAGUCUUGAAAGGCCCUUGCCAGACAGUAUCAGGAGGGGUUUCUUGGGUGGUUUCUUCUCCAGCUUUGGCUCAGCCUGCCAGCAGCGUCUCUUCCAGGGAGAUGGGGCUGGGAGGCUCCCGCCGGCUGAAAUCUUCGCGCGUCUUUUGCGCUGUUGUGACACGCUGCUGGGUCUGGGUUAUCAGCCUCCGCCUGCUGCCUUGUCUGGGUGACUGAGUGCUUGCCAAGGGAAGGCGGGCAGGAGAUGGGCAGAGAGAUGCUCCGAUCUGAUAGCAGCCCAGGCUGGUCCCGGAAGAGAGAAGGAGGCUUCAGGAGGUGGUUUCUGGCCCAGGGAAAAUGGGUCGCCAUGAUAAAAGAGGGGAAGAACUGUGACAUUGCGAUGACAAGGACUUGAUCGCUGCAGGACUGUCUUCUUCCCUGGGCCAGCGGCAAGCAGAGAGGGAUUAUGUGAGAGCCAAAUGCGGCGGCAGCAGAGGAGGCAACAGUGACGGCUGAGAAGGAGCCAGGCUGUGGCUCUGGGCCUGGCAGGCGCCAAACGGCAGAGUCUGCUGCUCCUGCUGCAAGGCUGAGCCUGUGCAGAGACUGAGCCUGCGCACUUGCGUGCAGCGUAUGCAUGCAUGCAUGCAGCAGCCAGGCAGGCGGAGGGGGAGCACGCAGGAGGGAGUGGGGAGGGCCACCCGAGUGCCAGCUGCCCACCCCACACGCCAGAUACAGAUGUGCGCAGCUGUCUCCUAGGCAACAGGAAGCAGAGCCCCUUCUCGCAAGUGGGGCUUUACGAUGAUGAGAGACUGCAGAGGUGGCAGCCACCGGCUUUGCGCCAGGGAGGCCGCGGCAUGGGGAUCCCUCUCCCAAAGCGCCCCGAGGAGGACAUCGUUGCUCUGAGAGACAGCAGCGGCUGCAAAUGGCCGGGUGCCCCCGCUCUGUCCGAGCCGAGGGCGGGUGGUGAGGCCUGGGCCCAGGGGCAGAAGGGGCCAUGGCAUCCUCACCCUCCGCUUUGGUAGAUUUCCCUCCAAGAAGGACAACGAUGAUGGUGAUAGUGACAACGACGACAAUGGACUUGCCUGGCCGGGAAGGGAGAAACCUUUGAGGGUGGUUUUCUUGGACUCUAAAAAGAAGGCUGGCCUGUGCCAGCAAGAACUACAGGCUCCUCCUGGUCUUCCCCUGCAGAAUUUGCAAAAGGCUGAGAUUUCCUGGGGGAGUGGAUGCGUGCCCCCGGAUGAAUGUAGGCAAAGCCCAACAGAAUAUUGCCUGGAAAAUUGCCUGAAUUGCUCUGUCUCUAGCGCCUGACGCCGGUUGCUGUUGGAGAGCCGGUCUCUGCACCCUCCCUGGGACUCUGCAGGGCCCCAGUCCUUUCCUUCCCAGCCAUUACCCUGCCCUGCACCCCCUUUUCUCCCACUUCUGUGGCAGAGACUCUGGGCCCAGGUGUGCCUCCCUCCUCACUUCUUCUUUUCCCUCACUGCCCACCAUGAAGUUUUCCCUGCGCUUCUGGUUCCUCUCCACGGCCUUCCUGCUGCUCUUUGCUAUGUCCCUGCUCUUCACCUGUUCCCACCACAGCAUCGCCUACCUGGACCCUGGCAGCCUGGGCACUGGCGGAGGCAUCCACAGGGUGAAGCUGGUGCCCAGUUAUGCCGGCAUGCAGCGCCUCAGCAAGGAGGGACUCUUUGUCAAAAACUGUGCCUGCCACCGCUGCCAGGUGGGCUCCAGCGACUCCGCAUGGUUUGACGGCCGCUACGACAGCCGCAUCUCUCCCGUCUGGACCAGGGAGAAUAUGGAGCUGCCCCUGGAUGUCCAGAGGUGGUGGAUGAUGCUACAGCCCCAGUUCAAGUCCCACAACCUGAACGAGGUCCUGAGCAAACUCUUCCAGAUUGUCCCUGGGGAGAACCCCUACCGGUUGCGGACCCCCCAGCAGUGCCGGCGCUGUGCUGUGGUUGGCAACUCGGGUAACCUGCGGGGUUCCGGCUAUGGCAGGGAGAUCAAUGGACACGACUUUGUCAUGCGAAUGAACCAGGCUCCCACGGUGGGCUUUGAGGCGGACGUCGGGAGCAGGACCACCCAUCACUUCAUGUACCCAGAAAGUGCCAAAAACCUGCCUGCGAAUGUCAGCUUUGUCCUUGUGCCCUUCAAAGCCCUGGACCUGCUGUGGAUCGCCAGUGCCCUCUCCACCGGCCAGAUCCGGUUCACCUAUGCCCCCGUGAAGCCCUUCCUUCGGGUGGACAAAGAGAGGGUUCAAAUCUACAAUCCUGCUUUCUUCAAAUACAUCCACGACCGAUGGACGGAGCAUCACGGACGAUACCCGUCUACGGGAAUGCUGGUGCUCUUCUUUGCAUUACACGUCUGUGACGAGGUGAAUGUCUUUGGCUUUGGGGCCGACAGCCGGGGCAAUUGGCACCAUUACUGGGAGAACAAUCGCUACGCGGGGGAGUUCCGGAAGACUGGGGUCCACGACGCCGACUUCGAGGCCCACUUGGUCGAUGUCCUGGAGAAGACCAACAAGAUAGACGUUUACCGUGGCAACUGACCCUCCAGCACUCCAGUUCCCAGCUUUGGCCUGGAUCUGAGGGGCCUGCGGGGUGGGCUCUCCUUCCUCCUCACCAGUGGCUGAGAGCGGGGUUUCCCCUCUGCCCCGAGGAGCAUGGGGGAUGCAGGGCUUUGGGAAGAGGUUCAGCUGAAAGAGGACAGGAAGGGGGGCAUGUGGCCGGGUUCGGACUGAGGUGGUCUACCAGCAGAAGAGGCGCUUGCCUCAGGGGGCUGUGCUUUCAAGGUCCCCUUUCCUUUUGCCAAAGGAAGGUGCCGUCCAGGAGGACACGAGGAGGCAGUCAGCGGUGGCUGGAGGAGGAAGGAGACCCUGCAGGUGGCGGCUGAGAGUUUCUCCACUUUCGGGGAUGGAUUCCCAAAGGCCUGGUGGGCUUUCUUGGGCGCUCCCAGCUGAGCUUGACUGCUUCAAGAAGCACUUACAUCUCAAGAGACCUUUUUUUAAAAGAAAGCAAACAGUAUCGGCAACUACAAUCAACUUUCCUUUGAUAAGUGGCAGUUGCCCAGAGAAGUCCCUUUUGACUCUCCUUUUUGUAUUUUCCUGCUUAAAAAAGCAGAGAGUGGUGUGGGAUUGUCUUUGGUUUUCCAUUUGUUGGAACUCCAGAAGAUGUUGGAGAAGGCUCUUUCCCUUCUGCACUUCCUCUCUUCUCUGGGCUUCUGUGGGUGAGAGGAUGGACAGUGGCCAGGCGGCAGGUGGACACUGGCCUUUCUUUGCCCUGGGCUGAGCAGGUGGCCAGUGGGGCUGAGGAAUGGGCAACCUCCCCUGCCUUGUUAUAAGGCCUGAAUGUAUGCAUGGGGAUGGGUGAUGCAUGCCGAAGGCACUCAGGUGGUUGGACCUUGUGGCUUUCCCUCCCUUUCUCUCUCUCUCACUCCUUCCCACCUUCCUGAGGUUGGAGUAGCCAGGAUGGUCCCCUGCCAUGGCACACCAUUUCCCAUGAGCCCGCUCCAAGUCCAGGGAUGCUUGUUCCUACCCUCCAUCUUUUUUCUUCCCUCUUCUCACAUGUUAUUCUUCAGAAAGACGAAGAGCUGCUGGACUCCCUCAGAGUGUGGUGGAGUCUCCUUCUUUGGAGGUCUUUAAGCAGAGGCUGGAUGGCCAUCUGUCGGGGAUUCUUUGACUGAGAGUUCCUGCAUGGCAGAAUGGGGUUGGACUGAAUGGCCCUUGGGGUCUCUUCCAACUCUAUGAUUCUAUGACUCCAGAGCAGGUUUACUAAUCCCUUUUCCCCCCUUUUGGUCCUUGGUCUUGCCCCUUGGAGAGCUCCAGGAGUCCAGUAGGGAGUUUGCAGAGAGUUCGCAAGGGCAGCCCUUGGCAUCUCCAGCCGUUGGCAUCUCUCUCUGGGUUCCCCAGCAGAGGGAACUGAGGCCAAGUCAGGGCUGCCUUUUGGCAAAGAGAAAGAACAAGGGUCUCUUUGGGGUAGGAUCUGGCAGUCCCCAGCUCCCCCUCCCCCUUGCCUUCCAGAAUUUAUGUCCAAUGUCUUCUAUUACAUUUUUGAUGACCAGGUUUUCCUGAGAUGCUGAAGAGAAGCUGUUAGAAUUGCACAGAUGGGUGCCAUUUUCCUUUGGGGCCUUUCUGUGUUGGUCUUUUCUUUUGCAUUCCUGGCACUUCUCUGGGGAGAAAGAGGGUCCAGAGAAGUUGGCCAUGGAGGGGGGUCCUUUCCUUUGGGGCUUUGAGGGGAGAAGAUGGCAAAGGGAUUGACUUCUUUGGUGCUUUUGGGUACAUAGUUUUGGGAUACAGAAGGACCAGAUUGGGUGAAGGGCUCUUUUCCCCUUCAAAAGUGCAAUCAUGCCAAACAGUAUUGAAUACAUAUUCCCCUUUUCCUGUUGUUAAAUUAUCUAGAAUGAGGGAGUUUGAGACGGGGGGGGGGGUCCUCAUGGUGACUUAGUGUUUCAUGCCCCUUCCUUCCUUCCUUCCUUCCUUCCUUCCUUCAGCUGGGAUGAACCAUAAGAGAAGGCCGCCACAUACCUGUCUUUGCGUGAGGAUCGGUGCCAGAGACUCGAGAGCCAUUUUCUUGAUUUCAGCUACAAAACCCGCUCUCCAAAUGCUCUGCUAAUGGCCUCUAGUCGGACGGCUGGUCAGUCUUUUGUAGUUGCAUGUUUGAUCAGAUGUUCAAAAUGAGUCAGUGUAUUUAGAAUGGCAUUGAGCUGUCAUUUUGUGCCAUUCUCAGGCUACGUUCCUGUGAUUGCCGUAGGCGUGGGCAGCUUCAUCUCGUCCCCCACCUGACCUGCUUUUUCUGCCUCCAGACGUCUGGGCAUUGAAGGGUGACUGGGGCAAGGCUCUUGGCUGCCUUGGGCUCUGAAGGUGGGCUUGGUUUUGCUCUCUGGGAGCUUCUCCUCUCUCUAUCUCCUGGACCCCCAUCUCCGUCUCUGCAGUUUGGGCAGCCCCUCCUUCCUCAGUUUCCCUUUCUGCUGCUCUCUUGGGCAUAUUGCAUGGAGGGCAGGGAUCUUUAUGUGUGAAAAAGGGUCAGGUGGCAUCCGAUGUGGUCAAGUGCUGGCAGUUCUCCUGCCCCUAAGCUUCUGACUUAGCAGCCCAGCAGAGCUCCUUCUCUUUGCAGUGGAGCCACCAGGGCAGGAACAGCAGGUGGCCAUCUUUCCUUCCGCAACAACAGGGCCAGUGCCCGAUCAGCAGAAGGUGCCCACUGCGCAGUGGGGCUUGGAGAUGAAAAGAAACACCACGACUUUUCUCUCUUUCUGGUGCAUGAGUUGCCCUUUCCAUCCUUGCAGGAGUGCAGAUGGAGAGCAAGGAGGUAGGCAGUUGGGUGGCAGUGUUGUGAGUUCAAUCCCAGCCGGGGGCUCAGUGGCAACUCAGCCUGCCAUCCUUCUGGGGUCACUAAAAUUAGUACCCAGCUUGUGGGGGGCAAUUUGCUUACACAUUGUAAACCAUUUAGGGAGUGCUGAAGUGCACUCAUAAGCGAUAUAGAAAUGUACUUGCUAUUGCUAUUGAGUGAAAGGUUGCCUCUGGGGAAGCUUGGGGGGCUGCAGAGGCUGGGGGCAAGAAAAGGUGGGCAAAGUGGGCUCCAUCUGGGACAGGAAAAGAGGGGACUUGCUGUUGGGGAGAGGCGUUCUGGAGGUUGGGCACUCCUGGCUGGGUCUCGCUUCUGUCCUCCCCACAGGACCCCAUGUAUUGAAGGGUCUGCCAUGCAACCUUUUCUGGAGGGCAAGGCACUGUCAGAGCAGGAGAGCAUUUGCACAGAGGGCCUGGGCUGCUGUUUGUGUUGGGGGGGGGGGCACCUGGAAGGGGUGCCUUAAUUUGGCUCCGUGCCCUUGGUUAGUGGUUUUGUCACCUGCUGUGUCUCUCUGUCCCUUCUGAGCAUCCUUCCAGGCGAGGGGUCAACUGGAAGGAUGGGGAGCCCACCCUCCGGGGCGAGACGCAGGAAGGUGGUCCCUGAGAGCCACGGAGGAAGGUCUCAAUGGCUGGGUUUGGGCUGAGAGGGAGCCACUCUGGCAAAAAAACCUGGCCCCGUGCCACACCGAGAGGGGCAAUUGUGAGGGUGAGGGGAGCCUCCUGGCCCCUUCUGUAAUGCCCAGCAAUGAAAGGCCAAGCCCUGGGUGCCCGGGUGUCUGAAGGAGCUGCUUGCCAAACCUUCCUGCCGCUUCCUAAGCUCCAAAGAACGGGGUGCCUUCUUCCAGCUGCCCUUCUCCUCCUCUGUGGGCCAAAGCCAUGCCAAGGCCUGUUCUCCUGCAGCUGCUCCUCUGAGCCUCUGGCCGCCGCUGCCUUCUUUGGGGGGAUACUCUUAUGGCAUGGGGGGUGGGAUGGACUUGGGGUCACCUUCCCCUUGCAGACAAGCAGCCUGCACCUCUGGCCGCCCCCUCCCCCUGUUACUAUCAGUAUUAUGUGCACUUGCGCUACUCCCCCCAACCCCUUUUGUACUUUUUGACUUCACCGGCUACAGUUGGGGAAAAUUAGAUUUAUUUUGUGUUUGGUUGUAUAAAAUAAAACCUCUACCUUUUUCCUUUUA